UAGAGCAACAAGAACAAGACUAGAACAGCUGAUAGAGGAGAGAACAAACAAAACUGCUUGGUUGAUCUGACCACGAUAGCAUAAUGGCACAGGUGCUGAUAGUUGGGAUGAUGUCGGGUGUGGCGGGUCGACUUGUAGUCGUCCUUAAGGAUGCACUCCAGCUGCAAGGCGCUCGAGGGCUCGAACUGGAACGGGCAACGAGUGGAGAUACGCCCUCGUACGAGGUACCGGAGCUGCAGCUUAACAUCUGCAUGGUAUCCGAGCUGUUCGUGCAGAUCCUUGCCACGGGGCUCGGCGCCCUCGCCUUAGUCUGGGCGACUGUCGUCCUGCUCGGCGGUUUCUCCACUUCUCUACAGAGAGCUGAUUUCUGGGUCAUCACCGUUAUCGUCUUCAUACAAACAGCCAGGGUCGUGGGCAUAAAUGUUAGCCCCGAGGCAGAAUUUUUCAAUCAAGUUCCGCCCGCAUUCCUUGAAUUGGGUGCCGAGCACUACUCGACAUGGGGGCGAAGAAGGCCGUUGACUGGCCAAGCAACUGGCCGAAAUUUCGUUUACUAUCUCAUGAUUGCACUCGGAAGUGCACGGGAUUUCAUAACCAUUAUGGCCUUCUUAGCAGUAUUGGUCCUUGCAGUUCCUAUGAUCGCAGGGUUAGGCUGCAUAUCACUUUCCAUUUAUCGUCUUGUUGCCCUCCUGUCGAGACAUCACGAAAACUCCAACGUGUUCCGUGCACUCAUCUUGUUCUAUGCUCUCGUGCUUCUCCAAGGUGGAUUGUUCAUCAUCUGGUUGUUUCUGAGGCUCCAACGUGCUUAUCUUGCGAUUCGCCUGAGCUUGAAGUAUAGACUUGAGGACAAGAGAGAAUUGAUUGACAAAUAUAUGGACAAAACCUUGAGCACGGCCAUAAAAAAUGGGGUGUCGACUACCAUCAACAGGAACCUGGCUUCCUUCGCCGCAGACUUGAUAAAAUCUGACUACAGUCGAGACCAUAUUGAUGCAGUUUUGGUGAUACAUACAUUGGCAUCACAAGAGGACCAUAGAACAAGAACCCUAUCCCAGAUACAAUCCUCACCGCUGUGUGUUUCCAGGCUGCUUGACAUGGUUACCUCAAAGAGCCGCACUGAUCAGAGGACAAAAAUAUGCAUCGCAGAAAUUGUGGCACAUCUUGCUAGCAACUUGCACCUGGCUGACAUAUCAGGAGCAACGGAGUCCAUAUCUUCCAUGAUUGAUCCCUGUUUUACAAAAAUAUCAACAACAGCUGCCAGUGUCAACAUUGACCAUCAGACAGCUAUUGGCAUCACAAUUGACCAGCAGGGGACUAUUCAGUCAGCUAGUGCUACCAAUAGAGCAGAAAACAGCGGACUUUGUAUUUCCAUUAAACAACUAAUGGAAAGGCAAACAGCUUGGUGGAAAGAACUCAUCAGAAAUAACCAGCAGAGAACUCUUUGGAGCCACCGUAAUACUAGUGGAGAAGACAGCCUCACAGAUGACAAUCAGGGAACUCUUCGAUCUUCCAGCACUACCAGUGGAGCAGAAAGUAAACCUUUAAUUAUUCAUGGCCUGAUGAUUCUUGCCAAGCUUGCUGUUAAUCCGGACAACUGCAAACAGAUAUAUGAUUCCAAGGGUCUCUUCUCCAAGAUCAUAUCGCCAGUCAAAAUAAGAGUGUAUUUGAUCCCCGGACAUGAUGGUAUCGCCAUGGAAAUAGCUGAGAAGGCCCUGGAGGUAGUGAGCAUGCUUGUCAGCGGCACAGAUGAAACCAAUGGAAGGAUACGUGAAGAUAUUUGUAGCAAUGGGAUAGCAGUGAACGAUAUCUGGCCAAUCUUGCAAAGGGACCACAUGUACAACAAGCUAAAAGUUCCAGCAACCAGGAUCCUUACAGAGCUAUAUUUGGAUAUAUCUACUCGGGCUACCAUUGGACUUGAUAACAUAUCUGUAUUCAUCGAGGUCUUGGUAAACAUUUUCUUUGAUGCUGAUAAUGAGCGUGGACUCAGGAAGACUGCAGGAACAGCAUUGGCCGGACUGGCGAUGGACAAUGCUAAUUGUAUGACAAUCAUCAAUUUCCCAACAGAGACAGGAACUUCAGUUGAGCUGCUCACAGCUAUGAUUCCUAAGGCAGAGGACAGGUUAUAUCGAACUGCCAUAGCACAGCUGCUGAUGCAAUUUUGUGCAAAUUCCAAUUCCAACGAAGAAAGGGAACAUCUCAAAUCAGUCAAAACAAUUCUACAUGAAGUGCUCAAAGUUAUAUGUGAUGUUGACCAAGCAGCAAACACAAAUCAUGCGAGUUCUCCACAACACAACCCGAGCCAGCAACAAGCAGCAAACGCAGAUCAGGCGGGUUCUCCACAGCAGAACUCAGGCCAGCAACAAGCAGCAAACACAAAUCAGGCGGGUUCUCCGCACAACCCAGGCCAGCAACAAGCAGCAAACGCAAAUCAGAGAGGUACUCCACAGGACAACCUGGGCCAGCCUCCGUUUACUCGGGCACUCCAUCGCUUGAACAGUCUUCUCGGGGCUCCUCGUUCUCGUGUUGCUAACAGAAACACUCCUGGUAACAAUUUGCCGGCUGUUGCUCAGCUCGUAGGUGGUAGAAGAAUAUCCCUGGUAGCCUUCUUAGGCCUUGCCAUGCAGAUAUGUGACCGACUGAAGAUCAGUGCAGAUGAUUUUGAUACCGCACUUGCAGACAUUCCUCUUGCCAUGGGUGAGUUCGUAGAUAAACUGAACGAUAUAAUAGAACAGUGCAAGGGCCAAUCUGUUGAUAGCUUGGAAGGGGAGGGUCCCUCAGUUGAUUAUCUGAUAAUAAUCAAGACCUUGACAAAGUUAUGUACAUGGAUGAUGCAACACAAGCCAGACUGCAUCGCAGAAUUCCAGAACAAGAACACUAGCACAAAACUGCAAGGUGCCCUGGAGGAUAUGAGAGAACUGGAACUGGGUAUGCUCCUUACUGGCAGUGGAGGGGACAUUGCUAAUUACCAGACACUUUCUACUAUCGUGGCUGUUGCACGGCAGAAAAUGGAUGCUAAUGUGCGAGGUUAAAUACUAAAUAGGGAGGAUGUAUUGUAAGUGUGAAAUUUUGUUUCGGUGCCUACUGUUCAAAGAAUUGUUUCACUAUGUCUA